CUGAACUGGAUAAAUGCAAGUACCAGCUGACGUCUCGCUAGAAGUGGGUGUGUGUGUCAAACGAUACCAACAACUCGCGACGUCUCUGUUUUAUGAAUGAGGCAAUGGAGUUGUUAAAUUACAUUGUGCUGCUUAUGUUGUAGGCUCGUGUAUUUGUUAUUUUUAUAGCGUAUUAGGCCGUACCAACUAGAUAAGGCAGCUCGAAGAGAAUAAGUAAUGACAGGAAAAUGGAAUAUGGCGAUACAGCAUUCAGUAUUAAGCGAAACAGUAUAGUUUGUUUUAAGUAUUUUAAUAGUAUAGAGGCAUAGUUCAGUGUUGUGGAAGAUACUCAGUAAAUAAUGUCGUUCAGAGGUAGAAAAGUGUUUAAUUUAGUUGGUUUUAGCCAUCACCGAGGUUAUGCAGUCAUUGGGGAAGAAAAUAGUCAAGAAAUUGAAAGUGAAGAAAGGUUAACAUGUUAUGGAUUCAGGACUAGCUAUUGCAAACAGUUUGUCUUUCACGCAUUUGCAGUCCUAUUUGCUGGCAUACCGUACAUGCUACUACAUUGGUAUUGCCAGUAUGCGGCUUACAUUAAAUAUUCAAAAUGUUCCUUGGAAGAGGCCCAUAUACUACUAAUCCAGGAUUUUAAUGGGCAUUAUUCCAUACAACAAAUUUUUAUAUCAGUAUGCAGCUGGCCUGGGUCAGGGCAAGUGAGACAGAUACGUUACUUCCACCAUCAUCUGCUAAAAUUUGUGUGGGAUGAUGGAAUAAAGGCCUUCACCAGAUUACAUGGCCUUGAUGAUGGCAUGACAACUUUGUCUCAGCUUCAUGUGUCACAUGGACUCUCAGCAAAUGAGCAAGAACAGAUGAUUCAGUUACAUGGAGAAAAUAUGAUCAUAAUCAAUGUAAAAUCGUACUGGCGACUGUUUAUUGAGGAGGUGUUCAAUCCAUUUUAUAUAUUUCAAGUGUUUAGUGUUAUCUUGUGGUCCCUUGAUGAGUAUUUAUACUAUGCAUGUUGCAUUGUGUUCUUGACUACUGCGUCAGUUGUCACUUCUCUUUUCCAGACUCGGAAGCAAAGUGAAGGAUUGCGAGAUUUGGUUGCUGCCUCAAAUUCUGCCGCAGUUACUGUCUGCCGGAAAGGUUCAGCAUAUGAGGACAUUCCUGCAAGUUGUUUAGUACCUGGAGAUGUCAUUAUGAUCCCACCACAAGGUUGCUUUAUGGCUUGUGAUGCUGUUCUGCUCACUGGUAAUUGCAUUGUAAAUGAGAGCAUCCUUACAGGUGAAAGCAUGCCAGUUACAAAGACUCCUCCACCUCAUUCAGAUGAAUAUUAUGAUCCUGUUAGUCACAAGAGGCACACACUGUUUAGUGGUACUCAUAUCAUCCAAACCAGGAUUUUUGGGGACAACAAGGUGAUGGCUGUGGUUGUCCGAACAGGAUUUUCAACAGUGAAGGGAGAAUUGGUUCGGUCCAUUCUGUUUCCAAAGCCUAUGUCUGGAUUUAAAUUCUACCAAGACUCUAUUCGAUUUAUCCUUUUUCUAUUCUUAAUUGCAGCACUAGGCAUGGCAUAUUGUAUUCAUCUGUAUGUCAAACGACAUGCUUCUAUUGAAACCAUUCUGUUGAGGACAUUGGACAUAAUGACAAUUGUGGUGCCUCCUGCGUUACCUGCGGCGAUGACAGCCGGUACUGUCUAUUCUCAGAGUAGACUAAAAAAAUUGGGAAUUUUCUGUAUAUCUCCUCCAAGGAUCAAUGUCUGUGGAAAGGUCAAACUUGUCUGCUUUGAUAAGACAGGAACCUUAACUGAGGAAGGACUGAAUUUGUGGAGUAUGUUGCCAUCCCAGAAUUCAAAAUUCUGUGAUGAGCCAGUACGAGAUCCUGCAGUUUUGCCUGUAGAAUCACCCUUCAUAGCAACCAUGGCUACCUGCCAUUCACUUACUGUUGUAGAUGGGAAACUGACUGGUGAUCCACUGGACAUCAUGAUGUUUGAAGCCACACAAUGGGUACUGGAGAAACCUGGACAGGACACCAGUCGGUAUGAUACGCUGUGUUCAGCAGUGGUGAAACCUAGGCCAAGAAUGCAUCGUGAUAUAGGAGCAAUGAAACUAUGUCAAAAUAUGUUUGAUGUGGAUGACACUGAGCACCUGCCAUAUGAAAUCUGUCUAGUUCAUCAGUUUCCAUUCAGCUCGGCUAAACAGUGCAUGUCUGUGAUUGCUCGCAAAUUUGGGUCACCUCAUAUGACCCUAUAUACCAAAGGAGCUCCAGAAAAAAUCAAGACUCUGUCUAAAAAAGAAACAGUACCAGGAAACUUUGAUUCUCUUCUAAUGGAAUACACUCUGACCGGUUAUCGAGUCAUUGCCCUUGCAUACAAGAACUUGUCUCCUAAGUUCAACUGGAAACAGGCACAAAGAACCGACAGAGAUCAGCUGGAAAAUGGCUUGGAGUUCCUUGGCCUUCUGAUAAUGCAGAACGCUUUGAAGCCAGAAACCUCACCCAUAAUUGCACAACUACAGGUGGCUCAGAUUCGAUGUGUGAUGGUAACAGGUGACAAUAUUCUUACUGCAGUGAGUGUCGCCCGUGACUGUGGCAUGGUACCUCCUUCUGAACAAGUGAUCCAAGUAACAGUUGAAGGUGAUUUACAACUUGGAAGAAUUCACUGGGAAGUGGUUGGUGUUCCACAGUCUUUGCAUCAUGGAAGUUUGAGAUCUCAUUCUGAUUGUGUUUUGCCACUAAUUCCAAGUACCAACAGUCAUAUCGCUGUUGAUGGAGCGACAUGGACGGCCUUAAAGAAUUACCACCCUGAACUGUUACCUCAGAUUGUUAUCAGAAGUACUAUUUUUGCUCGCAUGGCUCCAGAUCAAAAGGCACAGGUAGUCGAGGUGCUGAAAAGUCUGGAUUAUGUAGUUGCUAUGUGUGGAGAUGGAGCUAAUGACUGUGGGGCUCUGAAAGCUGCUCACAUUGGAAUCUCAUUGUCUGAAGCUGAAGCUUCAGUUGCAGCACCAUUCACCUCCAGAGUUGCCAACAUAACUUGUGUUCUGAAGCUCAUACAAGAAGGAAGAUGUGCUCUUGUGACAAGUUUUGGAGUCUUCAAGUACAUGGCUCUGUACAGCCUAAUACAGUUCGUUACAGUGCUUCUUUUAUACAAAUGUGCAAGCAUCCUUGGAAACAUGCAGUUCCUGUAUAUAGACCUAGGAAUAACAACGAGUAUAGCCAUACUGAUGGGGCACACUGGUCCUGCAACAAGACUGGUUUCAGAGCGACCAAUUGGAAGCUUAGUAUCUGCUAGCAACAUUAUACCCCUGAUCUUGCAAGUUUUAUUAAUGGUGGCAGUUCAGAUAGCAACAUUGUGUUUUGUGAUGAAGCAACCAUGGUUUGAUCCAAUCAAGCAAGAAGAAGCAAAAGAAGGGAUAGUUGUGUGCUGGGAGAAUACAUCACUCUUCUGUAUAAGUUCGUUCCAGUACCUGAUUCUCGCUGCUGUCUACUCCAGAGGAAAAGCACAUCGCAAACCUUUUUAUACAAACCUUCUGUUCCUGUUCACUCUGGUCCUGUUCACUACAUUCACCACUCUGCUUCUGAUUUAUCCUGUGGGACCAGUAGCAGAAUUCUUUGAACUGAUGCCCAUGUCAAAGAACAAUCACCAUGUCAUCUUCAGACUGUGGCUUCUUGCAUUCCCAAGUGUUCAUCUUUUAGCUUCUGUAUUCAUAGAGGCAUGUGUUGCAGAUACAAAGUGGUUGAAACGAUUUCUGCAUUGCCUGUCAAGAAAGAGUGGCCCAAAGAACAAAUACAAGAGGAUUGACAGGGAUUUGUCAGCAAUUCCUGGGUCACUAAAGUGAGAUAACGAAGACUGUGGAAUCUUAGGACUUCUACUUUAACAAAUGAUUUCCAGUGUAUACACUUCUGCAGACAUAAAUUUCCCACGUUCCUGUUGAUUGGUUCAUAGGCUUUGGAAUAAUUUUACAGAUCAUCUGUCAUAAAAAUGUUGUCCAUGAUGUGCCUUUUAUUCAGCAUUCAAGAAAUGUAGUUGGAGGAAUGUCUAUAUGAAAUAUAUAAUGAAGAGAAA